UGGGUCCCGCGCGACCGAGCGGCGCGAGACGCUGAUCGCGCCCAACUUGCCGGGCGCCACUGGUCUUCACAACCUCGGCAAUACUUGCUUCAUGAACGCAGCGCUACAGUCGGUAUGGAACACGGGACCUCUCACACAGUACUUCAACUCGGGCAUGCACAUGUAUGAGUUGAACACCGCCAAUCCACUGGGGACUAAAGGAGCCCUCGCGUUGCGGUUCGGGGAGCUCUGCAAGGAGGUGUGGUCGUGCAGCGCGCGCUCGGUGGCGCCGCUGCGCGUGCGCUGGGUGGUGUCGCGGCACGCGCGCGCGCUGGCGGGCGGCGGCCAGCACGACGCGCAGGAGCUGCUGGCCUGGCUGCUGGACGCGCUGCACGAGGACCUCAACCGCGCCGCGCCCCCGCCCGCCGCGCCCGCCCCCGCCGACUCCGACGGCCGCCCCGACCAGGUCAGUGACGUCACGCGCGGGCUGCUGGCCUGGCUGCUGGACGCGCUGCACGAGGACCUCAACCGCGCCGCGCCCCCGCCCGCCGCGCCCGCCCCCGCCGACUCCGACGGCCGCCCCGACCAGGUCAGUGACGUCACGCGCGGGCUGCUGGCCUGGCUGCUGGACGCGCUGCACGAGGACCUCAACCGCGCCGCGCCCCCGCCCGCCGCGCCCGCCCCCGCCGACUCCGACGGCCGCCCCGACCAGGUCAGUGACGUCACGCGCGGGCUGCUGGCCUGGCUGCUGGACGCGCUGCACGAGGACCUCAACCGCGCCGCGCCCCCGCCCGCCGCGCCCGCCCCCGCCGACUCCGACGGCCGCCCCGACCAGGUCAGUGACGUCACGCGCGGGCUGCUGGCCUGGCUGCUGGACGCGCUGCACGAGGACCUCAACCGCGCCGCGCCCCCGCCCGCCGCGCCCGCCCCCGCCGACUCCGACGGCCGCCCCGACCAGGUCAGUGACGUCACGCGCGGGCUGCUGGCCUGGCUGCUGGACGCGCUGCACGAGGACCUCAACCGCGCCGCGCCCCCGCCCGCCGCGCCCGCCCCCGCCGACUCCGACGGCCGCCCCGACCAGGUCAGUGACGUCACGCGCGGGCUGCUGGCCUGGCUGCUGGACGCGCUGCACGAGGACCUCAACCGCGCCGCGCCCCCGCCCGCCGCGCCCGCCCCCGCCGACUCCGACGGCCGCCCCGACCAGGUCAGUGACGUCACGCGCGGGCUGCUGGCCUGGCUGCUGGACGCGCUGCACGAGGACCUCAACCGCGCCGCGCCCCCGCCCGCCGCGCCCGCCCCCGCCGACUCCGACGGCCGCCCCGACCAGGUGGUGGCAGCAGAGUCGUGGGCGGCGUAUACAGCGCGCAACCAGUCAAUCCUGACGGAACUGUUCUGUGGCCAACUCAAAUCCCGUGUCCGAUGCGUGACGUGUUCCCGUGACUCCGUGCGCUUCGACUCCUUCAACAUGCUCAGCCUGCCGCUGCCCAUGGAGUCCAUCGUCCGCGCCGAGGUGCGAGUGAUCCUGCUGGACGGCUCGGUGCCGGUGAAGUACGGCGUGCGCGUGCACUCGGAAGGCACGUACCUGGACCUCAAGCAGAAGUUGGCGAAGCUGUGCGGGCUGGAGCCUGACUCGAUGCUGCUGGUGGAGCUGAGCGGCGCGACCAUCGGGCGCGUGCUGGAGGACGGCCACAAGGUGUGCCCCGCGCGGGCCAUGCAGCUGUAUGCCUACGAGCUGCCGCCGGCCCCACCCGCGCCGCACCACGCGCCCUGCGUGCCCGGCUGGAGCGGCGCGGAGGCGGCGUGGGCGGAGGUGAGUGCGCCGCGCGGCCCCGCUUCCUCACUCUGCAUGCCCGCACUCUUCUGCUUCAAGGUUAGCACGCGCACGGACACACACACACACACACACAUACAAUGCACAC